AUGUUUGACUGGAACUCGACUGAGCUAAUGAAUAGUUCUGUUGGAAACUCCAGCAUGGAGGAUACAGAGGAAGAGGAGCAUCCUUUCCUGACGGACGCUUGGCUGGUGCCUCUCUUUUUCUCUCUCAUCAUGUUGGUGGGGCUGAUCGGGAACUCGCUGGUCAUUUAUGUCAUCUCCAAGCAUAGGCAGAUGAGGACCGCAACUAACUUUUACAUUGCUAAUUUGGCUGCGACUGACAUCAUUUUCCUGCUCUGCUGUGUGCCGUUUACCGCCACACUCUAUCCUCUACCCGGCUGGAUAUUCGGGGACUUCAUGUGCAAAUUUGUGGCUUUUCUCCAACAAGUGACUGUACAGGCAACAUGCAUCACUCUGACCGCAAUGAGUGGAGACCGUUGCUACGUGACCGUGUAUCCUCUGAAGUCCCUUCACCACCGGACCCCACGCGUCGCUAUGAUUGUAAGCAUCUGUAUCUGGAUCGGUUCCUUCAUUCUUUCCAUACCGAUCUUCAUAUACCAGAGGCUUGAGGAUGGCUAUUGGUAUGGGCCAAGAAAAUACUGCAUGGAGAGGUUCCCCUCAAAGACCCAUGAGAAGGCUUUCAUCUUGUAUCAGUUCAUAGCUGUGUAUCUACUCCCUGUCCUUACCAUUUCUUUCUGUUACUCCUUCAUGUUGAAGAGAGUAGGACAGGCCUCUGUUGAACCUGUGGACAACAACCAUCAGGUCCACCUGCUCUCAGAGAGAACCAUCUCUAUUAGGGGUAAGAUUUCCAAAAUGGUAGUGGUCAUUGUUGUCCUCUUCACCAUCUGCUGGGGUCCCAUUCAGAUCUUUGUCCUCUUCCAGUCUUUCUAUCCAAACUUCAAGGCGAACUAUGCAACCUAUAAGAUCAAGACGUGGGCUAACUGCAUGUCCUACGCCAACUCUUCUAUCAACCCCAUUGUCUAUGGUUUUAUGGGGGCCAGCUUCCGCAAGUCUUUCAGGAAGACCUUCCCGUUCCUCUUCAGACACAAAGUGAGGGACAGCAGCGUGGCCUCUCGCACGGCCAAUGCAGAAAUUAAGUUUGUAGCAACUGAAGAGAGCAACACUGAGAGAAAAUGA